ACCGCCUGCGCCUGGGCUGGGCGACUUGAAACCGCUCGAAAACGCCGCGCCGCUGGCUCGCGCGAGCGUCGAAGCAACGUCGACGGGGACCCGAAACGAUCCGACAGCUCCGAUCCUUGGAGGCUGAGGCUCAGCCGCCGUUAUGCCAUCGCCGGGGUCGCCGCUGAUCUGCUAAAGCGCCUGGAAAAAGACCCCGCGCGCGCGACUAAUCCUGCGUUCUUUCUCGCCUCCAAACGAAACGACGUCGAGAUUAGUAUAGCUCAACAUGGGAACGAGAGCAGCCGCAUUCACCGCCAAGAUUCGUAAUCUACACGACUAUCAUACACGAAUUCUGCAUGGGCUCCCUCCCCUGCCGUCAGGGGUAGAUGUUGCCAACACAUUGAAGUAUUUUUCCCAGACACUACUCAGUGUCCUCAAAGAUGUACCGAGCAUUCCUCUGGACAUGAUCCGUUGUCAUGAAAAGGACCAUGCCAGAACAACAUUGUUUCCAAGUUUGGACUACAAGGCUCUCUAUCAUGCCAUUGUGCAAUUAGUGGAUGCUGUUCCUGUCAUACAAUCCGGAGCUCAUGCUCUUGGCUAUACGAUCCUGAACACUCUGGCAUGCCUGGUCCCAUUCUUGGAGCAUGAAUAUAUGGACACACUGCCUUACAUUGUGGCCUCAUCGAUGGCCUUAUUUCCGGCAUCCCUGCACAAGGACAUCGUAGACAUGCUCUGCAAUCACCUGCUACCUUACACUAUCACCAACCCAGUGGAUGCAGAUGCCCUUAAUUAUGCCAACAUGUCUACAUCAGCAGUUAUCAUGAUGGUGUUCCAGUACACAGAGAAUGUGGCAUACCAGACCCAGUUGCUGGAAUGUCUCAUGAGCCUCAAACGAGACAUUGUCAAGGACUUGCUGUGCGUGAUCGCCCAUGGCACGGCCAAGGCACGGCACCCAGCGGUGGAGAUGCUCUUCCACUACUGGCCCACUCUCAACCCCAUGCUCAGGGACAAGAAAGGGUUCUCAAUCAGGCACUCAGGAUCUUGCCCCAUUGGCUGGAAGCCACUGAUGUGUCAGCGAGAGAGUUGUGUCAGCAUCGAAAACAAGGAAGCUACAAGGCCAAUGUGCCUUGAUCACUCCAUUGCCAUUGCAUCGGGGGAGCGGCCACCGCCCCUGUUUGUGUGCCAGGGGUGUGCCGACCAGAUCCGUCGGGAACAUGGCCCCAACCACCUGAUGGACGUGCUGCUGCCAAUGCAGGAGAUUUCACUUCACUGUGAAAACAAGAACUGCAGUGGCCGGGAGAAGUCUGCCAGUGUGACCUGCUUCUCCAUGGAGUGUGCCAGCUUCAACGGCAACCGGCCCAUCCGCUACUGCGGUCAGUGUUUCCAGGGAAAGCAUGCUGGCAACAAUGAGCGUGCCAGCCAACACGUGGCUCUGCGGCCCAUCCCGAGUCCCUGGAGCAUGGAUCGUGAAACACAGCUCUACUUUGUUGAAGCCAUUGUCAGUCUUCUGAAGGAGGCACAGCCCUCGUCAGACAAAGGGGGAGUUCCUGGGAAGGAAUCAACGACUGACCGCCACUCACGCUUAGGUGGCCUACUCUCAGAAGGCCCCGAGGAAUCUCUGGAAUGCAUGGCCCAGGAAGAGCGUCAAUUGCUGAGCCGCUAUGGGGUUUGGCUCCUGGUUGGCCUCUGCACGCCUGAAGACAACACUCUUCCUGAAACCCUUGGCCGCCUCCUGGGAAUGCUCUUUCAGUGGUUCCACUACACUGCUUGCUUGCCUGAUGAUCAGACAGGAAAUUCGCUAGAAAGGCUUAAGACAGAGUACAUCCAUGGCUGGCUGAUGGACAUUGUACGCACCCACUUUGAUGUUUUUGUGUCCUGUCUCCUGCCUCACCCUGCAGAGUAUGCUCAAGUUGGAGGGCACUGGGAUAACUGGCCAUGCCAGACCGACCAGAUAAAGGAGGGGUUCAAGACACUCCUUUGCCUCGUUCCGUAUGACAUUAUCAACAGAGAUGUGUGGGAGUACAUCAUGCCACAUUGGAUGGAAGCCUUCAGAUUUGAAAUACCAGAGGAAGAACUUUCCGAACUCAAAAUCCUUCUCAGCAAAGUACUAGAUCCAGACCUAAGCCCUUUGGGGUUCAACAUCAAGCAGAUGUAUGGAUUCCUGACUGCUCGUUUUGAGAACACCACUGUGCAAGUACAGGAGCAAGCACUGUACUGGCUACAGAUCCUGACCAUGCUGGAGGUUCCGGUGCCCCUGAACCUGCUCUUCUCCAUGUUUUCCUCCGGGGUGCACAUGGGGGCACCACCCACCUCAAGUGAUUCGACUGCCAAGGAAGGACCUGCCCAAGUCACUGGACUCACGCCCAGGUUCCAUCCGCUAAGGCAGGACACCACUGGUACCAUGCUUGGUAGCCUUGGCCUGGACUGCGACCAGCUGCCCAGCUUCCUACCCGAAGACGCACCUCCUCGCGAGGAGAAGUCUGAUGCCGAGGUCACCCUCAGCUGCCACAUACUCAUGGUCGACAUACUUAUCAAGCAGCUAGAGCUUCAAGAGAUCCCCGCUCACCGGGGACUGGCCACGAGUGAGGCUCGUGAGAUCCUGACCCUGCUGCACGCCAUGCUGAGGUUCCCACGUGAACAGCACCAAUGUUGCCAAGCUGGCUGCGCCGGAGGUGCAGCUGGGGCAGUGCCCGUAGCAUGCCUCUUCUGUGAGAUGACCGCCAUCUGGUACCAGCUGGUACUGGCGCUUGUAGAGUUCUUCUGCCCCGUCAUGGAGGUUGCCAUGGCUGAUAUCCCCACGGAUCCAUCGAACAUGGCCAACAGCCACCCACCCAUCUCACCUAAGCCACUUCUCAAGGAGGAUUCGCAGAGGCCAUCUUCAGCCACCCCUCCACACAGGACACAGCCAACACUAGCCCCUCUAAAGGAGCCUGCGAUACCAACUGUCCCUGAAAGCCAAGAAAGUCCUGAAUCACUGGUGGACACUGAGUCAGUGUCACAGCCUGUUGAAGCGCAGACUUUAAUGACAGCUACCUUGGAAGAGUGCGCAGGCCACUUGGACACAGUGGCCAUCAUGCCCACAGAGCAAGUGGUCACUGCAUUCGCACGUGCUGUCACGCUCACCGAAGACGACGUUCCGGAGGCAAAGUGUACCGUCGCAUCGGCAACCCUGGUUGACGAGAACGAUCGUGCUGUAGUGGCCCCUGAACCGGCUGAAGACUCGUCAUUCUGGCACACUAGCCAAGGGAAAUUUCGCUUCACGAUUGAUGAACUGCCGCCUCAGCUCCGACUCAUCUACGUAUUGUUGAAGGAUAUGGCCGUGCAUGAGGAUGCUGAUGUUCUGUACCACCUGCUGACGUGCCUCAAGCUCCUCUGCCUGCACGCUGAAGUGCUGAACCGAGCUGCGCAUGACCACCGUGGAUUCCUGAUCUGGUGCCAAGAGAACCUCCUGGUUGCCAACCUUUGGAAGUUGCUGCAGGCAGAGUUCUCGCAAAUUGCACGUCUGUGUGUGCCACUUCUUCUGCACUGUGUAACACUCCCCAGCGGCAUGGACAUGUUCUGGAAAGCGGUUGAGGCGGACUUUCACAGCGACAACUGGAGGGACCGCUUUGCUGCUGUGGAGAAAGUGACCAUGAUAGCACACUUUGUGGAAUCCAACACGGUCAAGAACAGCCCACUGCUACAGUCGUCACUGGCCAAUGCGUUCUCCUACCUGGUCCACUGCCUGGACGACAUCCAGGCCUCAGUGGCUGAGAGGGCCCUGCUUUCACUGGACAGCAUCAAGACAUCAUCCCUCAAGCUACUGGUGUGGUGCCUGGAGGCGCAGUUUGACACGGUGAUCCUGGACCGGCCCAUGAUCCUUCAGACUGUGUUCCAGCUGUACAGCCACCUGAGCGAACGGCGCUUCCUCACGUGGGAUUUCUUCCUGAACCGCUUCGACGCCCUCUUCAUGGAGGCUCAGAUCAGCCUCGAGAGGAGUGGCGAGAUCAGCUACACUCGAGACCUGAAGAACAGCAACAAGAACAGCGAGGUGUUCCAGCGCAAGCUGAACCGAGCUCACGAGGCCCUGUCGUUAACACGAACUGGGCGCACACUGACAGCCAGCCUGGGAACCAAAUGGCCCUAUAAGCGUGCCAUGUCUGCCCCUGGGGGCAUGAUUUCACGCCAGGACAAGAUGAUUGUGGACAAAGAGAAGAUCUAUGGACGCCAGUCCUCAGCCCCUGUGCUCAAGAGGAAAAGCUCUCGGAUGAGCGCUGCUGGAACCUUUAGUGGAUACCCUUCUAUGCAGCAUUUUCCAAACAGCUUUUUUCCAGAUGGCAACCUGAAGGAUAUGAUGCAAGAGGAAGGCCACUUUCUGCAUGUUGUGCACAGGGUGAUGGACAUGGAAGACCAUGACAAGGACACACUUCAUCUUCUCAUCUUUCUGCUUAUGGAGUUUCUCUCUAGACCUGACCAGUCACACCCGACUGAGGAGAAAGCAAUGGCAAGGAACCAGCUGAUUGUUCUUCGACACCUGAACAUUCUUCUGGGAUACAGCCAGGCUGAAAAGGGUUUCCUGGUAUCACCAAACAAGUUGAGGGCAUCACCGGUGUUCAAUGCUUUUCUUGCAUCAAUGCCAAAAGUGCUGGACUACAACUUCAAGAUUGGCAAUAUACUGCUUAGCACGUGUAUGCCCGUGCUCAUCUACUGCCCAUCGCCACAGCGUUACUCCCAUGAGCAUGCAUCUCCCCGAUACUCACUGUGGCUACUUGACCCACCUGCGCGGCACUCCUGGCUCAGGGCUGUGCUUGUGGUCCUCUACAAGUUUGACUAUGGAGUGCUGCCUUUAUCAAGACAAGUGCAAAUGCUGGUGCGAAUUUUGCUAAAUACUCUGGAUGCUCAGAAUCACCAAUGCAAGAGCAUUCCAGAACCAUUCUUAAGUCCUGUUCCAUCACGUUCUCGAGAUCUAAGUACAGCUUCUGUUGACCUUGAAAACAUCCAAGAGCAUGAUGGGAGCACUCCCCUUGACCUUGGCCUUGCUGGAGAUGAGAUCAGGUUUGCGUUUGGGCCUGGUACUACAGCAGAGGCUAAAGCCAGCUACCAUAAGCCUCUGGUGCGUGACAUACAUGACACAACUGAAGGUGCGCGAGAGUUGCUGCGCUCUGGCAAGGAAACCGCAGACCGUGCACAAUGGAAAGCACUCAAGUUGGCAGACUUCAGCUGCUCCGGAGAUGAAGAUGAAGCAGAACCAGAGCUUGAAGCCAUCCCUGAGAGUCCCAAGUCUGAGAGUUCAGACAUGGCAGAGUUUGGAGGCGAGCUCGAGGCCCUGGCCCCUUCUGUGCCAAUGGCAGAGCUGGCAGAGCAGGCAAGAGUCAGAGUGGUCAAGGACAUUCUACCUGGACAGGAAUCAAUCAAGGUUGUUGAUACAUCAUGGCAGCUGGCAGAAGAACCAGUGCUCGUGGGCAGCACACCUGUUGAUUCACAACCCGUGUCUUUCGUGCCAUCAAGUACGGAUGGCCAGGACUCUUUGCAGGUCCACAUUGAAAAGUCAUUAGCGGAACCCAUGGAGAAACCCACACCAAGGUCCCCACAAGCAAUAGUUCCUGAGAAAGCAGAAGCAGAUGCAGAGACAAAGGCUGUCGACGACAGGUGCAGAGAGGCAUCGCAGAGCCCUUCAAUAUGGCAGAACUCUUCCAGUGUCCCGCCAGACCAAAAAACUGCCACAACUGCAGUUGCUGGCAAGUGUGGAUCUCCUCAGCCGAGGCCAGAGAUCCGCCUCCCGGACGUGCACCCGAGCGACAUUAAGGGCAAAGUUGCAGCUGUGAAGAAGGUCUUCGAAGCGAGAGCCACAUCAGACGCGGCGGCUGCUUUCGCAUCUUCUCGCAAGAAUGUAGUGUCCCUGGAUACUAAACUGAUGACGACACCGAAAGAGCGUGCCCUUCUCACCUCCAAGUCCACGACUGAUAUUGAUGAUGGAGAACAGACAGGUUCAGCACCACUAAGUCCCAGCAAGUCUCCCAAGCCUCGCAUCCAUCGCAUGGGGGCUGUCGACCUUGGCUCUUUGAGAGUCAAGGCAGGGUCGCCAAAGCCUAGUCCUCCCAAAGAUGCCACUUCCGCCGACGAUGCCCUCACAGUAAGCUGUGAAGUCUCCAAAGAAAGUGCCAAAAGAUUCGACAGCUGAUACUUGACCAGUAAGAUUUCACAAGAUUCAAGGUCUCACCAGGUGGUAAUGAGCCCCAAGAAGACAUCCUCGGAGCCAACCACACAGCCGAAGUCACCUGGCGUGUAUGUGAAGGAACCGGCGACUGCCCAACGGUCCCUUGACAUGCUGACCGCCAAGCUGCGAAGUGCCGUGCCGAGGGAAACCGUUCACAGGACCAGGUCGGAGAGCAGUCAGGUGACAGUGCCAAGGCCACUGCCACCGGCCUGCAAUGUGCCACGGCAACAUGGUCCCAUUGUGCUGGAGCCACUCAUGGUAAGGCCAACUCCAGAGCGGCUGCUGCCCAUUGGCCCACAGCCCAAGGGUUCCAAGCCGUUCAUGCCCAAGCAGCUCUCAAUGGGCAGCCUUGGUCCCGGAGCCGAUUUCCGCUUUCGACACGAGCCAAGACAAGCCGACGUCUUCCUGCUGGAAGCCAGCCGAGGCGGGGGCAUGCAGACAAGGCCGGGUGUUGGUGCCCACUUUGGAGGCGCGCUCCUCGGACCCCAGCCUCUUGGCCCCAUGGAAAUUCCGUCACUAGAAAGGCUGCUGCCUGUAGGGCCCAUGCCCACACGCCAGCCUUUGGACACACGGAGCAGCCCUGGAUCACCCGCACGCCGACUUAAGGCGCGAUCGCAGAGCACCGACACCAAUCUGGUCACAAAGCACAGUGAUCCUGACCUCCUCGCACGAGUGCGGCUUGCCAGCACUGAACACAUCUUCACUUUUCCUGACAUCCAAGCAGUUGAGCCGCAGACAACUCGGAAGGACUCUCCGGUGGUUGAAAAAGCCCACCCCUCCGCUAAUUCACCCCAGCGGCAACCGCCAGCACAGACAGCCGGUGUUUCCGCCACUCCGUCAGAAGAGGGCAGCAAAGGCAGCAAAGGUGGCACGGAAGCAGCCGCAGAUGCUGCCUCAAAGGAGCGGGUGCGUCCUCAGGAGCACUCGAUCAGCGGAGGACUCAUCGACAUGCUUGUGAAGGACGUCAUCCUGGACAAGGUGCUGAGUGCCGCCGGAAGGGUGGAGACCGCCUUCCUUACCCACGGCUCCAACAGCCUCGAGGUCAAGGACGAUGAGGACGCUGCACCCCAUCCCGAGAAAGGAGCAAGUGACGAAGCCCGCACACGGCUUCACUACCGCCCCCGCAAGCAGCGCAAAUCUGGCCUGAGCACUGUCGAGAUUCAGCGUACCCUCGACGCUCGAGGAGGGGCUGCCAGGCGGGCACGCAAGUCAGAGCCAAGCAGUGGUGGCCCAACCCCGAGUAAACGACGCCCUGGGAGCAGUGGAGGUGGCGGCGGAGGACGGGCGGCGGUUGAGGAGGCUGUUCCCGAACGCUGUCCCGAAUGCGCCCUCGCUCUGGAACACUACAGCGAUGAAGAGCUGGGCCUCUGCAUUGUGCUGCUGGCCACAUUUGUGCACCGGCAGCCUGCCCUAGCUGCGCCCCUGCUUCCAGAGAUUCUGCGACUGGUUGCCAAGGUUGCUUCACAAGUAUACUAUCCAUGGCAGCAUGAAAGCAAUGUUCACCUGCCGGGCGGUUGCAAGAGCAUCGCACGCCAGUUCAUUAGGUGCACCUUGCACCAACUCUCCACCAAUGGAAUCUUUCAGCAGAUUUUCACUGGUAAUUUUGAUGCGGAUUUCUUCAAGGUAAUGGCUGCUGCCCUUGCAGACUUUAAUGAACUCAACCAAAUGCAGCCUCUGAUGAUACUAUUUGAGGAGCUCACUGAACGCAAGCAUGUGGCUGGAGAGCAGCUGCUGCAGGUGCUGGGCAAUGUGGCCACCUACCUGGAGUGCCUGCCUCCCGAGGGGAAUGCGCUCCUGUGGACCGCUUUCUUGCCACAGCUGGACGCUCUGCUUAGAAAGCUGCUGCUGUCCCUGCCACCCGCCGCACCCCCCUCUUCUUCCGGGGGCAGUGGUGGUGGCAGUGCUCCCUCCGGCGCGGCUCCCCUGGGCACCCCGCUGGAGCCCCUGCUCAGACUGCUUCUCUGUGUGCUUCGUGUGCCCACUGUCAACACGUGCAAGUCUAUCUUGGACCCAUUCUCGAAGAUACUUAGCUACGCCAUCCAACACUCUCUCAUCCAAUACCAGCAACUCCUGGAACUGUGCCACCUAUGUAACCGCAACAUGUCGAGGGAGAGAGAUAAGCUAGUCUUCACACGAACAGUAGUUUUCGAGCUUGUACAGGCACUCAAAUUCAAGUCUGCCAUUCCUGAUGAAAACUUGCUUGUUCUUGUGCAGUUUGUGCUUCAGGAUACUGGUGGCGUCCUAAGUCCAAAUGUGAUUGUUGAAGACCUUUUACUUCCCCAAGACCUCCAGAAUACUUACAACACAGGAGCGAGCGAGUGCAUGCGCCAAAAUCUCAAUGAGGUGCUGGAAUUUGUGGCUGAUGUCCAUGCUCUUAUACGUAUCAAGAGCAACUUCCAUGGCACAGCGAGUCGUCUGAACGAAGAGACCUUGGGAGGACAAGUGAAAGCGGGCAUGGCCCAAUACCUGGCCUUAGAGAUCACACGGGGAAAUGGCAGGGAUAAUCGUGCAAUUGGGAAGUACCUGCCAUGGCUGUACCAUCCACCCUCCUCAUUGCAGCAAGGUCCCAAGGAGUUCAUCGACUGCGUAGCGCACAUCCGCCUGCUUUCAUGGCUCCUGGUUGGAGCACUGAUGCACAGCGCCCUGCUUGGCAACACUGCAAACCUUGUGUGCCAGCCCAUACCACUGGAAGCCAAUGGCCACAUAGCCGACCACAUCCAAGUCAUCCUUGCUGGCUUCGCUGAGCAGUCCAAGGCCUCUGUUCUCCACAUGUCAUCAUUGUUUCACGCAUUCAUCCUCUGUCAGCUGUGGACCAUGUACUGCGAACACAUGGUGUCGCUGAACCCUCCUGGCAGCGAACAGAGCCAGCUGUGCACCCUGACCUUGACGGACUUCUGGAUUAAGAUCACACCUGGCAUCCUUCAACUCGUGUGCCAUUCUAAAGUGUUGGCAGAAAUGGUGAGCCUGCAUUUUUUGAGCUUGAUGGAAGCAUUGCUGGAAUGCAACUCUACAGUCCUCGCAAGGCUCCUUCCUAUGUGGACACCAGUACUGUACAGCUACCAGGGACAGUUGCCGAGCCAGUUGAAGGUGCGGCUGCAGGCUUGUCUCGACUGGCUGCCACCAGUGCAGACGCGGGAAGAGGCCACCUUUGUGAGCAGCAAUUUCCUGAAGUGGCUACAACGAAUCCAAUUCAAGAUGGGCCAGAUCGAGCUUCAGUCCUCGGCUGCCACUCAGUUCUAUUCUGUCUGAAUUCUCAGUUGUGUCUUCCACAGGUGCCACACAACCCGGUGACACACCAGUCACUCAUUUCGUAGGCGUGAACACUACGUGACUGUGAUUUUGUCAAAACAAGUUGAAUACGCAUUUAAAACAUUUUUCUUGAUCAAAGUGAGGGAACAGUAUUGAAAGAAUGAUAUUUAACACUGAAUAUCAAAAUAAGAAUAAUGGUGUUGGGCUGAUUAACUUUCAGUACUCAUACUUACCUAUCAAGUCAGUGUGAAAGAAACUGAUUAAGUAACUAUAUGCCUUUUAUGCCUGACUGUAAGGGGGCAUGAGCAAUAAUGCGUAUUAAUAGCACAGAAAAUCGGGAAGGUUUCAUUUUCAUCAUUGUUGCGAGGCACAUGAAAGAGCUAAUUUCUUGAUUGUGCUUGUGAAAAAAUCUCCAGACUAAUGACUUGUAAUACAGACCAUGGAUGGUUUGUUCGUUCUUCUAGCCUUUGCAGACCUGCAAAGCUGUUGUGUCAACGUUACGUUUCACUUUCUUUUGAGGGAUGUGCAAGCAAGGCACAGUGGUAAGGCAGCCAUUGCAGAAUGGCAUGAAGGUGUUUUGCGCAUCCCUAAGGCAAUUGUACUUGGCAAUUUUAAUUGCUCUGAGUACAAGUGAUUUUGGGACAAGCUGUGCAUUGCCGUUGUGCAACAGCCCAAGUAAGUGUUCCAAAAGGACUGAUAUGACACAUCUGUUGUUUCGCAUUCAUAGCCGCAUCCUUUGAGUUGCAUGUGGUGGGUGUGGUGUCUGUUGUCAUUUCUUUUAGCCAGGUCCUUUUUCAAGAGAUGCGAGUUGUGAACCAAUGAGAGAAGCGAUGAGGACAGCAGGGCCAUAAGCUAUGUGUCAUUGGCCACUGACUUGGGUCGUAACCUGGCCCUUGUGUCGGGAAGCUUGCUACCACGAAGGCACUGUCAAAGGCAUUUGCCAGAUUGCUUUUCAUAGCUACAUGUAGGUCAGAUGCUUUGUCUAUAUAUACAGUAAUUACGCUGCUUGUUUGUUCUUGCACAAACAUGUCUGUUAGAUAUUACAGCUUGCACUUAACGCUAGUGAUACGUUAUAAGCUCGCCUACGCUUGGCUGCUGGGAGCUGCCAGUUUUCCACAUUGUUGAGAAUGAUGACGUUGUGACUGAAGCGUAUGGAACUACAAAGUGGAGGAAAGAGUUUUACCAAACGGUGCCAUGUGGGUGGUUGGCUGCCGUGCUCAAAUGUUACACAUGUUAUUGGCGUGAAUACUGGAGAAAGAAUGUCGGCAGGCUGAGCUGUAACCCACUGUUCCACAAGCACUGGUGAUACCUAUGGUUUCCAGUGACAAUAGAUGGUCUCGUGACCGUUACUCAUGUAUACAACACCACUGGACAAAUACGGCAAGGAAGGCAAAUUUAUGUGCCAAUGCAAGACAUCAGCAAAAUUAGCAAUUCUUUUUAUAUUUUAUUAACUAUGCUACAAGUUACAUUUGCCUGGAAGUUGAGUAAACCAUGCCUUGGCUAACUUCAUUUAUUGUCAUGGUUAUGUAUCUGUGCAAAACUUUAACAAAGGUCCUAUGGCAAAGAAGAUCCAAACAUAAAAAGAUACAGAUCAUGGAGGCAUCUGUUUAUAGUUCUGGAUCCUGCUAAACUGAUCAUUAUGUGUGUCAGAUUUGCAACAACAGUUGUAUGAGUCAGUCUAUACUAUUUUUUUUUUAAUUUUCACUCAUUAUGUAUUUCACUGAGAUUUCCUUUUCUUUCUACUGAUGACAUGCCCUGCCUGUCUAGUUAUGAUCACUUACAAAAGCCUUAAUUAGUGCUCAAAAGACAUAAAAUGCUUUUGAAACUUGUCUGAAUUGUUACUAAAGGCUGUUUCGUAUGUCGUUUUGCGAUUCUCAGUGGUUUUUGCAUAUUGUUAGUGGUGUUGUGAUCUAUGAGCGUUGCAUCGAGUGUAACAAAAUGUUACAGGCAGCAGCUAUGCAAAUGUCAUUUUGGUAUCGUUCGCGUUGCUGUAGUUGCAGCUUGCUUGUGGUGAUAUAUUACUGGCAGCUGUCAAUUAUGUAUCAGUCAUAGGAGUAUCAUGCAAAAUAAAAUGCCUAGCUGGUGCAUACUAUA